AUGGGGUCGGAGGACAAUGGGGUUGGUGCUGGUUGUGAUCUGCUUGAUAAUCAGAACAACGUCGUUGUUGAGGGGGCUCCCAAGUCGCCGUGGAAAACUUCCGCCGCCGCUUCUCCGGUGAUGGAGGCUGAUUCGGACUCGUGGCCGGCUUUGUCCGGCGCACAUCAGCGGCCAAAAAGCAAUGGAUGUGCCGAUUCCUUGUCGGCCAAGCCACCGUCCUCUCCGGCACAGGCCGAGACUAAUGGAUGUGGCCCUCCUCUGACGGCUGUUGCGCCGGCUACAAAUGAGCAACAGAAGUUCCAUGGACGCGGUAAUUCAAAAUAUCACCGCAGGCCCAACUCUACGCAUCAAAACAGAAGUGGUCCCAAGCAUGGCCCAAAUAGUGUACCUCCGUUUCCUGUUCCCUUGCCCUAUCAUCCACCAGCAGUAGCACUGCCUUUUCAUCCAAUGGCUUCCGUCCCACCUGUUAACCCCUCAGGAUAUCCUUAUCAGUUUCCCCCAGGGACUUUUCCGAGACCUGAUACUCGAUUGGGAAAAUCUGGCGACAGUCGUGCACUGUCUUUUCUUCCACUACAGAAUGGAAGUUCUCAGCCUCAGUCAGCACCACCGCCCGAUUCCAAUGCUCGUGAUUUGGGUUCUGCUGGUGGAAGACGGAGUAAGAAGGAGGAGCAAGGCCAUGUAUCUGCUUCCUGGAACAAUCAAAGGCCAGCUACCUCUAACAACUUCCGUUUGCAAGGAGGUAUGGGGCCGAGACCUUUUGUAAGGCCUCCGUUUCUUGGUUCUGCUGAGUUUGUUAAUGGGCCAAAUUUUUCAGGUCCACCAGGAACUAUCUAUUACUAUCCUGCUCCUCCUCCAGGCUCAGUCAGACUACAAUACCCACCAUUUUUAGUUCCAUAUCCUGUGAACCCUGGAGUACCCAUGCCACCCUCACCAACAAUGGCCUUGAGAGCUGGCAUUGUAAAGCAAAUUGAAUAUUAUUUCAGUGACCAGAAUCUGCAGUACGAUCACUACCUGAAGUCCUUGAUGGAUAAGCAGGGCUGGGUUGCUAUAUCAAUUAUCGCUGGCUUUCAAAGAGUUAAAAAUAUGAAUGUGGAUAUACCAUUUAUUCUCGAUGCACUGCAGUCUUCCGACACUAUUGAAGUGCAGGGUGAAAAGGUGAGGAGACGCCAUGAAUGGUCAAAGUGGGUUCCUGACUUGACUAGUAAACCUUCAUCACUGAUCAGAAGUGACAUUAAUAAUGGUAACCGCGAUGAAACCAAAAGGGACAAUUGUGAUGGAAAAGUGGAAUGUCUUUCACUAGAUGGAAGCUCUGAGCGCUAUCAGCCAUUUAGGUCAGAUAUUGGGAAAAAAUUCUUCUCGGACGAUGCAUAUGAAGUCAAGGACCUGCCAAGUGGUGAGACACCAAAAAACACUUCUGAAAAUGUUGAUUCAAACAUGACAGGCUCUGAGUUCAACUCUGGAAAUGAUGGCAAUCAACUGAUUACAGAGUCAAAUUGCAAGUCUGUGGAGAACCAUGGAAGCAGAACGGGGCAGAUUCUUUCAAAUCCAAAUGUAAAGAAAGUGGAUGAUUCGUGUUGUGAUGUUUCAAACACAUUUAUGCUAGAUGAAGAGCUGGAAGCGGAGCAUACAACGUUAGGGAAUGAGCAUCAUUCUUCUGUUGGAAGGGUUGAUGAUGAAGAUGACGAAGUCUUUGUCAAUGACCAAGCUGUGGAGAGGCUUGUAAUCGUCACUCAGAAUAGUCUGAUGGGCGAAGUACCGGGUGAGGCAUCAAAAACCAUAUCCAAUGAGCUUGCUUCCGCUAUAAAUGACGGUCUCUACUUUUAUGAGCAGGAGCUGAACUCUAAAAGGUCUCAUCGUAGACGUAAUGCGCCUAUUAAUAAUGAAAGCAAGGAUGAAAACCGCAAAUGUUCUGACAGUAAUAGUGCUGCUCUGAAUUCGGAAGCCCUCAACUAUACUGCCGAAACAUGCAAUCUUGAAGGACAUGGAAAUUCUAGUUCUCGAAGGAAGCAAAAAAAAGGCAGCUCAAAGCAGCCAUGCACGCAUAGACAGCGAUUUUUCUAUGGAAGUGGAAGAAACUUUCAUGGAAUAAUGUCUGAAAGCCCACCUACUGAUGCGGUUGGGUUUUUCUUUGGCUCUACACCUCCAGAUAGUCAUGGCUUUAGGCCGUCAAAGCUGAGUGCCUCACCUCAGAGCAAUCUUUCGGGAAGUAGUCCACCAGUUGGUUCAGUGCCAAAGCCAUUCCCGACAUUUCAACACCCGAGUCAUAAACUUCUGCAGGAAAAUGGCUUCAAACAACAGCUGUACAAGAAAUAUGAAAAGCGGUGCCUUAGUGAACGAAAGAAAUUUGGCAUUGGCCGGAGUGAGGAGAUGAACACAUUGUACAGAUUUUGGUGCUAUUUCUUGAGGAACAUGUUUAUCACUUCUAUGUAUAACCAAUUCAAGAAUUUGGCUCUAGAAGAUUCCUCUGCUAAUUACAAUUACGGAAUGGAGUGUCUAUUCAGGUUUUAUAGUUACGGAUUGGAGAAGGAGUUUAGGGAAGACCUCUAUGAGGACUUUGAACAGUUGGCACUUGAUUUUUAUAAAAAAGGGAACCUUUAUGGCCUGGAGAAGUAUUGGGCCUUCCACCAUUACGGAGAGGCUCGUGGCCAUAUGGGACCGCUAAAGAAGCAUUUCGAAUUGGAUAAGCUGCUGAGGGAAGAAUACCGGAGUUUGGACGACUUCACCAAUGCGAAAGCUAAAAAUGUUAUCUCACAAGAUGCUUGA